CCGGGCCGAGCGCCGCCUCCGGGUCCGCGCCGCCGCGAUGGCGGAGGACAGCGAGUCUGCGGCCAGCCAGCAGAGCCUGGAGCUGGACGACCAGGACACGUGCGGGAUAGACGGGGACAAUGAGGAGGAGACGGAGCACGCCAAGGGAAGUCCCGGAGGGGAUUUGGGUGCCAAAAAGAAAAAGAAGAAACAGAAGAGAAAAAAGGAGAAACCAAAUUCCGGAGGCACCAAGUCCGACUCGGCAUCGGAUUCCCAGGAGAUUAAAAUCCAGCAGCCUUCAAAAAAUCCCACCAUUCCAAUGCAGAAGUUGCAGGAUAUCCAGAGAGCCAUGGAGCUGUUAUCUGCAUGCCAGGGCCCUGCCAGGAAUAUCGAUGAGGCUGCCAAACACAGAUACCAGUUUUGGGACACGCAGCCGGUACCCAAACUGAAUGAAGUCAUAACAUCCCACGGGGCCAUCGAGGCAGAUAAAGACAACGUGCGCCAGGAGCCGUAUUCCCUGCCGCAGGGUUUUAUGUGGGACACUUUAGACUUGGGUGACGCUGAAGUGCUCAAGGAGUUGUACACCUUGUUGAAUGAGAAUUACGUGGAAGAUGAUGACAACAUGUUCCGCUUUGACUAUUCGCCCGAGUUCCUGCUGUGGGCUCUGCGUCCUCCAGGCUGGCUCCUUCAGUGGCACUGUGGGGUCAGAGUGUCUUCGAACAAAAAGCUAGUUGGGUUCAUAAGUGCCAUCCCGGCAAAUAUUCGGAUUUACGACAGUGUGAAGAAGAUGGUCGAAAUCAACUUUCUUUGUGUUCAUAAGAAGUUGAGAUCAAAACGGGUAGCCCCAGUGUUAAUUCGAGAAAUAACUAGAAGAGUGAACUUGGAAGGGAUUUUCCAGGCCGUCUAUACAGCUGGAGUGGUUCUUCCCAAGCCAGUGGCCACGUGCAGAUACUGGCAUCGAUCGCUCAACCCCAGAAAAUUGGUCGAAGUGAAAUUUUCUCACUUGAGUAGAAAUAUGACUUUACAGAGAACAAUGAAGCUGUACAGACUUCCGGAUGUUACAAAGACUUCAGGCUUGAGACCGAUGGAACCGAGAGAUAUCAAAGCAGUUCGAGAAUUAACCAACACUUACCUGAAGCAGUUUCAUCUAGCCCCGGUGAUGGAUGAAGAGGAAGUUGCCCACUGGUUCCUCCCCCAGGAGCACAUUAUUGACACGUUUGUAGUGGAGAACUCCAGUGGUAAACUAACUGACUUCCUGAGCUUCUACACACUCCCCUCCACAGUCAUGCACCACCCUGCUCACAAGAGCCUCAAAGCUGCCUACUCCUUCUACAACAUUCACACGGAGACGCCCCUGCUGGACCUCAUGAAUGAUGCGCUCAUUAUAGCCAAAUUGAAAGGAUUUGAUGUAUUCAAUGCACUAGAUUUGAUGGAAAACAAGACAUUCUUGGAAAAACUCAAGUUUGGUAUAGGAGAUGGCAAUUUACAGUAUUACUUGUACAACUGGAGGUGUCCCGGAACAGACUCUGAAAAGAAUUUGAAAAACCAUUUCCUCCGUGUACAUAUGUGUGUAUAUAUUGCCAAGAGUCCACGGGGAAAAAAAGAUACUGGAUGUGGCCACGUCAGCUGACUCGGAGUCCAUGAAGCAGAUACUUCUUCCUGCCUUUACUGUACCAGUGCCUCGGCUGUUUGUCCAGAAAAAUUUAAUUAUUUUAGACAAUAUGAUGGCCUUUCCUUCAGGUUAUAAGUGUCAAAUGAAACCAGUCAUAUCUUAUACCAGGCAGGAGCUAGCCAACUACGGCCCACGAGCUAAAUCUAGCCCAUUGCCUGUUUUUGUACAGCCCACGAGCUAAGGAUGGUUUUUACAUUUUUGAAUGUUUGGGGGGAAAAAACCAAAAGAUGAACAUUUUGUGAUGUGUGAAAAUUAAACGCAAUUCAAAUUGCAACAUCCGUAAAUAAAGUUUUCUUUGAACACAGCCGCACUCAUUCGUUCAUGAAUUGCCUGUGGUUGCUUCAUGCUACAAAAGGCAGUUAGUUGUUCCAGUGGCGAUCAUAUGGCCUGAAAGCCCUAUUUACCAUGUGGCCCUUCACAGAAAAAAUCUGGUGACCUGAUUUACACUAAGGAGCUGAAAGCCACUUUCUCCAGCUCCACAUUGUCCUAAAGACCAACCACAGCUGUGGCAUCCCUGAGACCACCACUGGAGGGCGCGCGUGGGCCCCCACAGUGGUGCGUAAUUACGACAGCGCUGUUUACUUUGUUGAAGUCUCGAGAGAAGACUUCUACUCAUUGGGGAGAGUUCAAACCCAGUUGCAUUACCAUUCUUUGUUAACAGAAGGGGAAUGGCUUCAGAAGCAAAAGUGAACCAAUUCGUGGAAACAUUUUUUGAGACACCAGCAGUAACUGAGAUUUUAACUUAACCUGGAGUCAAGGCUGUAGUUGGGAAUUAUGUUCCACUCAUUUUUAUGGCACAAAGUCUUAUGCGAUGUAGGUUUUCAAAUAACUGCAGAAUUGCCAGUGAGAAAUUUUGUCAUGAGAGUACCUCAUGAUGAAACUAUGACACUGUUCCUUUAUUCAUUUAUGCAAUUCUGAUUGUUAUAGAAUUCACAUUCUUUUAUUUAAUCAUUGUAAAAUACAGGUAUUAAAUGAGUAGCACAUUUGCCUCUUUACAAUUUAAGCAGAUUACCAAUGAACAUUUUAAAAUAGAGCAUUGGUAAAAGUGCUGGUGUUUAUAAAGUACCUAUUAGAACUAAAUUUCAGUGCAAUAUGUCUUGUAGAUUCAAAAAAACUAUUGUCCUUCAUCCUGUCAAUACUGACAAUGCUCUAUUCCAUGAGGUAUCCUCCCUCUCCCUUUUUUCUUUUGCCAACAUGGCAUUCAGUAAGAUUUAAAUGAAAAGAGGUGGCACAAUUCAUGAGUCAACCAGAAAACAGGCUGAAAAAAACUUUGGCCAUCGAACACCUUCCCCCUAAAUUACAGAAAGUAACAUUCCCAAACACACACAGUAGAUAGCAGACACUUGAACAUAAACAUAGAGCACUGAUUAUGCUCCAUUUCCUAACAUGAAGGACCCUGGUCAUUGCAGACCCAACUCUGAGAAUCCAAGCUCCUCAGAUUGUCUCUCCUCUUCCUGCCACAUUUCACCUAAUUACCAUCAUACUUUUUAUACACGUUCCAUUUGCAAGGAAAUAAGUUAACAUAUUAAGGGGUGAAUUCUAACUAGUCAAAAUGCCUUACC